AUGCUGCAGUGCAGAGUAUCAUCGCGUCUCAAUUCAGUGCGUGUGCGACCCUCGCGCCUAGCACCACCGAAACCUCGGUUGUUCACGUCCUGUGUCCAAUCUCGAUUGCCAGCGACUAAGACGAAACCCUACUAUGUCACAUCUCCCAUAUUCUAUGUCAAUGCCGCACCCCAUGCCGGCCAUCUGUACACCCUUGUCCUUACCGAUACACUCAAGCGAUGGAAUCGUCUCCUGGGCGAUGACCGAGCAACCCUGUUGACGGGCACCGAUGAGCAUGGGUUGAAGAUACAGAAGGCUGCUCAGAAAGCAGGAGUAGACGUCAAGACGUUCUGUGACGAACAUGCGCAACAAUUCCAAAGUCUCUGUGUAGCCGCCAAUAUUGACUAUGAUCGCUUCAUCCGCACAACAGAUUCCGAUCACAAAAUUGCAGUGGAACAUUUCUGGAACGAGCUGAGUCGAAACGGAUACAUCUACGAGGCCAAGCAUGAAGGAUGGUAUUGUGUCAGCGACGAAACAUUUUACCCCGAGACACAGGUUGCGCGCGUGCUCGAUCCUUCCGAUGGGGUCACCAAAACCGUAUCCAAAGAAACGGGAAAGGUGGUGGAAUGGACUUCAGAAAUCAAUUAUCACUUCAAACUGUCUAGCUUUCAGGACAAGCUUCUCACCCACUACACAUCAGACCCCGAAGCAUUCGUCCCUAAAGAGCGUGGUAACUCCAUCAUCAAGGAGAUCGAAAGCGGUCUGAAGGAUCUCUCAAUCUCUCGACCUUCGUCUCGACUGACCUGGGGCAUCAGAGUCCCCGGGGAUGACACUCAGACCAUAUACGUCUGGCUGGAUGCCCUUAUUAACUACAUCACCAUGGCCGGAUAUCCCUCCAAACAGUGUUCGGGUGAUGAUUCUCUCUGGCCUCCGGAUUGUCAGGUUAUCGGCAAAGAUAUUGUUCGUUUUCAUACAAUAUACUGGCCCGCUUUUCUGAUGGCCCUGAACCUCCCACUGCCCCGCCGUUUCUUGACCCAUGCCCAUUGGACCAUGAAUUCCGAGAAGAUGUCGAAAUCGGCUGGGAACGGGGUCAAUCCAUUUUUUGCUAUUGAUCGUUUUGGUGUAGACGCGAUCCGUUUUUACAUGAUUCACGAAGGCGGCAUUGACGACGAUGCCAGCUACGACAAUUCUUACAUUGCUCGCACCUACACAUCUAUGCUGAAAAAUCAGUUUGGAAACCUUCUGAACCGAGUUUUCAAAAGCACCAAGAUCAAUAGUCGCCAGGCAAUCAAGCUGGCAUCCCAACCUGCCCUGAGGAACGAUAUAAAGCAGUAUAUCGAGAAUCCCAAACUACUCCAGCUCUCACAACUCCAAAGUCUCCUUGCAGAAACCAAGAUACAAUAUGAGUUAAUCCAGAACCUCGGCCAUGAAGUACAAACUCAUAUGAGUUAUCCUAAUCCCCGUGCUGCAAUCCAAGCGAUCUCAGAAAUGAUCCGACAGACCAACAAAUUCUUUGACCGCGCUCAAUUGUGGGACCGACUUUAUUCCCAAAUCACGGAGGAGGCGGUUGUAGCUCACUACUGUCUUUUCAUCACCACCGAGACUCUUCGAAUUAUCUCCAUUCUUCUGCAGCCUUUCAUUCCUGGAAAGGCAAAAGGUGCAUUGAAUAUGAUGCAUGUCAGUGACUCAAAAAGGACGUUUGCGCAAACUUCCAUUGGGGCUGACUUUGAUUACGGAACUGAAUCACUGCUCCCCGGCGAGCGCGUUGAGGGCUUAUUUCCCGCAUUGCUGUCAGAGGACUGA